AGAUGGACAUGUACAAGCAGCUCAUCAUAGAUGAUCCCGCCCUGCUGAGUAGCCUGAUUCAAUUAACUGAGGAAAACAUUGAUGAUACACUCGGCAAACUGGACAAACUGAUAAAGGAAUAUGAGAGCGUCGUUAACGAAUACCUCUCAGUUUUGGCCCAGCUCAACACCAUGGUGAAAGAGGCUCUGGACGAUGUCGACGACCUUGAACAGCAGUUGGCAUUAUAUAGAGACAUGGGCCGACUCGUUGAAUAUGUGUUAUCUGACUCGACAACAGAGUCGGCCGACGACAGGGUCGAAGUACCGAGGUCGCCAGAUCAACCGUCGACCCCCUAGAUACUACCUUAGGUAGCAAUGAACCUGAAGGUGCUUCAUUACUUCAAUACUUCAAGUGGUAGCUCUCAGUUAUUGUGCUUCAAUGUGAUGAGAAAGUGAUCGUAUGCCUGUUCUGACGUUGAGAUCUUCAGCUUGAGGUUCAAGGUCGGCAUUGUCUAAUG